AUGGGAUUCGAUUGUAAUUUGGUCGUAGGAACUUACAAUCCAAAUACUAUUUGCAGAAUAUGUUUGGAUGUUAUAGAAGAUCCCUCAGAAUGCAAACCAUGUUGCCACACUUUCUGUGCUACUUGUAUCAACGCUUGGCUUUCCAAACACAAGUUUUGUCCCAUAGAUCGCUUGCCUGUGAUCACCCGAAAAAGUUCCACUGGCAUCGUCUAUAAGUUGCUUUUACGUACACGAAUUAAAUGCAAAUUUCGCAAAUAUGGAUGCACGGAUGAAUUGUACUUAAUUGAAUUUAGAGAUCAUUUAAAACAAUGCCUAUUUCAUCCUGAAAAAGAGUACAUAUGUUCCAAGGGUUGUGGCUGUGAAGUGAAACGAAAACACGAAAGAAGGCAUAACUGUAUUCAGCAUUUAGCAGGCUUAAUCGCUAAGUAUCAACCCAGAAUAUGCGGACAAAGUCUUUGUCUUCCGGACUCUCAACAAAGUUUGGAUAGCCUGAAAAGUGAGUGGAGUGACAUGUGUAAAUUCAUAUAUAUGAAGUAUGGUAUCGAUUUAAGACCCAAGGAUACUAGUAUCACAUAUCCGCAUAUUGUAAGAAAGAACUUAUUUGAUUGGGGUGCAUCGCUACCAUUAGCCACUGUAGAAAGGUGGCAAAAUAUCUACGCCAGCCCAACACGUAUAAUGCUAGAAGAGUUGAAGAAUGCUUUGGUGGCCUGUAAGUGUCCUGCAGGUUUUCUGAAAAGUUUCUUGCAAAAUUGCAAUGAACGUUAUUGGCCUCCUGGUAUAGGUGAUUUAUGUAUUCGUCGUCUUAAUUGUGAUAAGUUGAAAAAUUACGUGUUAAGGAAAAUUCCGAACAUGCAAGCGGUUGUGAUGAUAUUUUAUCAAAAUAAACAUAUUGAUCCUCACUUCAAACUUUAUCCUGGAUUGACAUUUAUUUUUGAAAGUGGAGUACACGAACUGAUUUAG